CUGCUUUAUGGUUUUUUUUCGCUUGAUUGCGCUUUGCGGGCAUCUGGGCGCUUCGAGGCGGUCUUUGGCGAUGUAGCCCAUGACGACGCUGGCAGAUCUCUCUGUGAGUGUCUACAAGGCAGGGCCUACCUACGACCAUACCACCUACCAGUACCACAUCCAGCUGAAGUUUGGCGGAAAAUCUUGGGAUGUGGCCAAGCGCUUUAGCGAGUUCGACUCCUUGCUGCAGAGCCUGGCAAAUGGCCGCUACGGCGGGCUGCCAAAGCUCCCGGCAAAGACGCUGCUGGGCUCCCCCACUGACCAGGCAGCGAUCGACGCGCGGAAGGAGCAGCUGCGGAUCGUCCUGCAGGAUUUGCUGCUGAGGCCAGACACCCGGACCAGCGCAGCGAUGCGCCACUUUCUGGACAUCCCUGACCACGUGGAUGAGGAAAUCAGGCAGAUCCAGCCCAGCCCCAUCCGCAGCUUUGAGGAUCCGCGCUUCGGCGUCAGUGGAAUCUGCGUGGCUCAAGAUGCCAAUCUGGUGCUGGUCACGCAUGAGGACUCGACGCAUUUGUCGCGGCUGGGGAGGGUUUGGUCAGUCGUGGAGCCAGACGAGCUCGGGGCGCUGCACAUGUGGGCGCGGGACCGCGAGGAAGGCUCCUGGAGACGUGGCUACUCCCAGACCUACGGCAUCAAGGUGCGCUCACUGUGCUGGGAGGGCGUCACGAGGCAGAUCUUCGUUGGGCUAGAGGAUGGCAAGAUCGAGGUCUUCCUACUGAAGCCUGGGGAGGUGAAGCCAGAGGCCAUCGGUUCUCUCGAGCUGCACCACAAGAGCCCGGUGACCCACCUCAGCGUCUCCUCCAGGAAGUUGUUGUCGGUGGGCUUCGACACCGCCAUGCGAGUCAUAGAUGUGCGCUCCAAGGAACUCCUCUGCGGGGGCCGGCUCCAGAAGCGGCUGCGCAGUGAAAUGGACUACUUGAGUAGCUGCUACCUGGAUGAUGUCCAUGAUCGCGCCUUCAUCACCACCUCCGGUGGGGAUUUGUUCGUCCUGGACAUCUCGCAGAAUCCGCCAAACUUCCUGCACACAGUGGACAUGACUUCGUCCCCCGUCUCAGAUGUGACGCUCACGCAGGAGCACCUGCUAGUGGCGCACUGCGACUGCGUCUCCGCACUCACGCUGCACAGCCGGGGCGAGGAGAGUGAGAUGACCCGGCUGGGCAGCUACCGUGCCAAGCACCUGCACCAGUCAGAGGUGAACAUCCUCUCGGUCGCGGCAGCAGUUGAGAGAGACCUCAUCUUUGGAGGUUACUCCGACGGCUCCAUUGCCAUUUGGUGCAUGCGAGAAACCGAGGCUGUUCUGGUGCUGCAGGGCCACCAAUGCGACGUCACGAAGCUGGUCUGGGUCGAAGAGCUGCCUUGGGGCCCUGUGCUCUACUCGGGCGGUGGCGACGGCAAGGUGACGAGCUGGAACCUGAACGGCAACGCGGAGGACUUUGCUCUGUGGGAACCCAUGAGUGGCCUAAACAUGCUGGACCGCCCAGCGCCACUGGCAGCGACGGCGCAGGGCAGUGAUGACGCCCUCAGCGCCUUCGAGCCCAACUUCGAGGCCACGCCGCAGCUGGCCGUGGGAGGCUAUUCAGAUCCCUUUGCCAUCGGCGGAAUCGGCGAGUCCCGCCGCGUGAAUCCGCAGGCUCUGAAGACGGAAGACUCCGACUCAGACAACGAGUUGGUGGAUGCGUUUCACUGACGCGGCGAAAAUGGCCCGAGGGCAGGUGCCCAAGGCGUCAAAGAACUUCCAUUUCAGGUCUAGUGACU